AUGCCUGCCCCAGGCGAUCAGCACACUGCAGUGACGAAUCCCUUUGAGGAGCCGCGUAUACGAGUCGCCGAAUGGGCUGCCAAGGACAUUGCAACUAUCUCAGCGAAACUGGAUAAACAGCUUGGCCCCGAGUACAUUUCUGCCCGUGCAGGUCCUGGUGGUACCAAAGUCCAUUACUUAACUGCUGAGAAGUGUAUCACCUUAGCGAAUGAAGUAUUUGGCUUUAACGGAUGGUCGUCCUCCAUUCAAAACAUUCAGGUUGACUUCGCGGACGAAAAUCCUCAAACACAGCGCGUCAGUAUCGGAUUAUCGGUCAUCGUCCGAAUUACACUACGCGAUGGCACCUACCAUGAAGAUAUUGGAUACGGAUCCAUCGAGAACGCAAAGGGAAAGGCAAUGGCUUUCGAAAAGGCUAAGAAGGAGGGCACUACCGACGGACUGAAACGCGCCUUGAGGAGCUUUGGUAACGUCUUGGGCAAUUGCAUAUACGACAAGGACUACGUGAAACAAGUCACCAAAAUGAAAGCCGAGCCCGUUAAAAAGUUCGAUCAAGACAAUCUCCACCGCCACGCUGACUUCAUCAAGCGUGAUGUUGUAAGACAAGAACCCGCCGCGCCUGUGGUCAAGACAGAGCCGGUGCCGUCACUCCCUGUUGCAGAGUCAUUUGACGAUUAUCUUGGAGAGCUCGACGAGGCAGACUUCUGUGUUCCAGAAGAUGGCCACCCGGACGAAAUUAUGCUUUCAACAUCAAUCUUGGGCCAAUCUGCAAAUGAGAAACCCGCCAACAGAACAGCAGCCCAACAAAUUCAGCAACAAACUGGCAGGUCAAAUUCUACUGGACCUCCGAAUCGAGCACCGCAAACCCCGAUACAUGGACAGCAACGUCCAGCCCUCCCAAAUGGUGCAGCCAUACUUUCCAAUCGCCCACAAGGUGGGCCUUCGGGACGGACAACGCCGAACCAGACCGGCAACCCUCAUCCGCCACCCAAUGGACCUCAAAACAUGCCCGAAACUGUAGGGUUCUUCUCUGCAAAGGCUGUGAAUCAACUACCGGAAUCCACUCUAGAAGGCUCGACUAAUGCUCGUCUUGCUUUGCCACAGGGACAGCAGGCGUUCAACCCAAAGGCAGAAAGUCCGUCUAUUCGAAAAACCCCUGGUAUUGACCACAAUUCAUCCAAACCUGUUGCAAAGAAUGGCCAACACGUUGCUCCGACUAAUAGCCAAACAACAGUGGCACCUGCUACACGCUCUAACACGAAUAGCUUUACCCCAGUGCGACCUUCCAUAUCCAGCUCCCAGAGCGCACGCGGAAAUGUCAUAAACCCUUCACUCGAUCAAACUCGUCGAAUUGGCGCCCCUUCUGGUCCAGGCAGUCCACUCGCGAAUAGGGGCAGCUAUCGACCCCCAGCAAUGAAACGACCUCCUCCAGGGGAUGGUAGAACUGCCCUAGCCGACCUUCCUGCUAACGGAAAUGGAGGUACAGCGCCAACUGCGGCAAGCGGAUUGGAAGCAAAGCGACAGAAGACGGGAUAG